AUGAUGACUUUCUAUUUAAUUCUUGCAAUUCUAAUAUUUCAUGCUUUUAUUUACUAUCUUUAUAACGAAUACAUAGUUUUACGACACAAAUAUCCACCUGGACCGACUCCGUUACCCUUCGUUGGAAACUUUUUGCAGAAAAAAUUUGGACCUCUGUUUACAGUUUGGCUUCCGGGGCCAGUUAUUGUAUUAGCAGAUCAUAACCUUUUACGCGAAGCAUUUGUAAGUCAAGGGAAUAUUUUUGCCGGUCGACCAAUGUCCUUCGUCUACGGAAUUUUCAGCAACCAUCACCGUGAUGGUGAUGGAAUUAUUCUAGCACAAAAUGAAAAAUGGAGUAUUCAACGCCGUUUUGCUCUUAAAGUUUUUCGUGACUUUGGAAUGGGUAAAAAUCUGAUGGAACAACGAAUUCGACACUAUACAGAUGCCUUAAUUCAACAUCUUUACCAACAAGGAACAGCACUGAUCAAUCUCCAUUUACCAAUUGCAUUCUGUGUUGGCAAUAUUAUUCAAGAUUUAGUACUUGGGAAGAAUUAUCAGUACGGUGAUGAAGAAUUUUUGCGAUUCAAACGAUUAAUCGAUUCUACUCUUAAAGAUUUUGCUAGUAUUCCAAUGUUACUUGUGGAUCGUUAUCCAUUUCUGAGGUUUCUCUUGCCAACAUAUUAUCGUUAUUGCAAAAAUGGUUUUGCAUUGCAAAAAUUUUUUUUGAAACACAUUAACGAGCAUGAGAGGAAGAUUACUGCUUCGCUUAGAGAAGAUGACGAACCGAACGAUUUCAUUGAUGCUUAUUUGAGGAAUCUGAUUAACAAAAUAACAUUAGCAUUGAAUGCCGGCGAUUUAUGGACAGGUGGUAUGGAGACUACUGUAACAACGCUAAGAUGGGCAAUAAUUUAUCUUAUUCAUUACCAGGAAGUUCAAAAAGAUUUACAUAAGGAAAUUGAUAAACAACUUGGAACGAGAAUGGUCCGCUGGUCAGAUCGUAUUGAAAUGCAUCAAACAACAGCUGUAAUUUGUGAAGUACAGCGUAUAAUCAACAUAUUACCCUGGCAUAUUCCGCACGCCACAACGCAAGAUACAAGCUUAUGUGGUUACAAGAUUAAAAAAGGAACAAUAAUAAUGCCACAAAUUGGUGCAAUCAACUUUGAUGAAGAAUUAUAUCCAAAUGCAGAAAAUUUCGAACCUUCACGAUUUUUGAACACUGAUGGCACUUUUCGCAACAUUGAACAUUUCAUGCCAUUCGGAACAGGCAAACGGUCAUGUUUGGGAGAAGCACUUGCUCGGAUGGAACUUUUUAUUAUUUUGACUACAAUGCUGCAAAAUUUUGAGUUUUCUGCAGAUAGAGGAAGACUGCCCAGCUUGAAACGAUUCCCUGGAAUGGUAUCAGUACCAGAAGAAUAUAACUGUAAAAUUCGAACUCGAAAUGAAACUUAG